AUAUUACCUAUCUUCAACUCACACCUGCCCUCUCUCUCUCACACACACAUUACCCUUUAUCUUCCACACACUUCAGUGAAUUCCAAAACACAAAAAAACCACCAGUCCCCCCCCCCCCCCCCUCUUCAAGUUUCAACCUUUCUUACUCAAUUCUCCAAGAAACAAGACACCCUUUUAAACAUUUUGUGAAAAGAGUGUAACCCAUUUGUAGAUUUGAAAAAAGAUUGUAACCCAUUAUGGAAAAUGAGAAAGUUUUUAUUACCCAUGAAGGGAAUGGAAUCCCACAAGGCUGGAAUUCCAAUUCCAAUUCCAGUUCCAUCUUUGGAAUGGGAAUUCAAGAAAAUGAAGUUGAAGUCAAUUGCAUCUCAAAACAACAACAACAACUACUUCCCACUUGUUUUUUCAACUCCAAUUGUGUCAACUCAAUUGACCAAACCAAUCUCUUUGAGUCUACUUUGAGUUCACUUGUGUCAUCACCUUCAAAUUCCCACUCCGGAAUCCCGAAUUCCGGUUCCGGUGAGAGCAUUGUUCUAAGGGAAUUAAUUGGUAGACUAGGAAGUAUAUGCAAUAGUUCCAACAAUUCAGGAACCAAUAUGUCAAUAAAUGAUCAUUAUAUUCAUGGGAAUUCAAUUCCAGGGAAUCACCAAUUACCACUAGCAAAGUUUUCAACUUUUAGUGGCAAGAAUGAAUAUAAUAAUAAGAAGAAUAAUCAUGGAAUGGAAUCAGGAAAGUUAUCAAGAGUCUCAAGUAACCAAUCUUUGAUAGAAAAUAAAAAGUUUAGCAGGAUAACAAUGGAAUUGGAUUCCAUGGAGGAAUCAUCAGUUUCUGAAGCUGAAACUGGAAUAAAAGUACAAGGUACAAACCCUAAUGGAAGAAAGAGAAAAGGGGUACCCAAAGGAAAAGGAAAAGAAAAAGAAACACAAUCUAGUAGUACUAUCUUUGCUAAAGAUGACAAGGUUGUGGCAGAAGUGGAAAAAGAGGAAUUAGAUGCAAAAAGGAGCAAGUCAAAUGAAGAUAAAAAGUCAAAUGAAAAGUCAACAGAACCACCAAAAGAUUACAUUCAUGUUAGAGCUAGAAGGGGUCAAGCCACUGAUAGCCAUAGUCUUGCUGAAAGAGUUAGAAGAGAGAAAAUUAGUGAGAGGAUGAAGUUUCUUCAAGAUCUUGUUCCUGGUUGUAACAAGGUCACAGGAAAAGCUGUUAUGCUUGAUGAGAUUAUAAACUAUGUACAGUCAUUGCAAAGACAAGUUGAGUUCUUGUCGAUGAAACUGGCGACCGUUAAUCCUCGUAUGGAUGCAACUAUGGAAGCACUUGUAUCUAAAGAUAUGUUUGAGCCUCAGCUUUCUUUGCCAAACAAUGUGGACCCGUUCGAUGCCUCGGUACAAUCAUUCCCUUACGGAUUCCAUUCCCAAAUAAAUGGUAUGAUUCCCGAUAGACCCGAGAAUCAGUUUUCCAUGAACCCAUUGGUGGCGGCAAUGCACCGCAACUCAACUAUUAAGCCAUCUCACAUUGAUGGUUUUGCUGAGGGUUCAACAUUUUGGGGAAAUGACCUUCAAAGUGUUGUAAAGAUGGCAUUAGGCCAGGAUCAGCCACAAAGCUUUCAUGGUCAAAUGAAAGUUGAGCUAUGAUGAAUGAUACCAUCACACUUUACAAAAAUGAUGGAUUAUUAAUGAGGCCCAAAGUAAGUGAGGCAUCUAUAAUUCUGUAUAGAGAGAGAGAGAGAAGGCACAUUGAUGUCUUCUACAAAAUUUGAUUGUAUAAUUCUAGACUAAUUUCAAGAAUCCAGUGGCGGCAACAGGCGGCGGUGGUGGUGGUGGCGGCGUGGUGGUGGACCGUUGUAAAAUUAGUUGCUAGUAAGAGGUUGUAACAUGGUAAGGAAAAUCUUGUAGGGGUUGAUGAGAUAAAAGAAGUUUAUUAUGCUUCAACCUUUUUUUCUUCAUAUUUUUCUUACCAUUUUGAUAAAUUUAAUCAUCAAUUUUCAUUAUUCAUUUC